AUGGCCCGUGAGCCAGAGGAAGAGGAGACAGCAGGGGCAGGCGCCCUGGUCGGCCACUGCCAGAGCUCACUCGGCCAAGCCGGAGCCAGGGCACGGCGGCUGCCCUUCUGGCUGCUCUGGCUGCUCGUGUGCUGGCUCCCGGGCGCCGGGGCCGAAGCCGACUUCUCCAUCCUGGACGAGGCGCAAGUGCUGGCGAGCCAGAUGCGAAGGCUGGCGGCCGAGGAGCUAGGGGUCGUUACUAUGCAGCGGAUAUUCAACUCCUUUGUAUACACUGAGAAAAUCUCAAAUGGAGAAAGUGAAGUUCAGCAGCUAGCCAAAAAAAUCCGAGAGAAGUUCAACCGUUAUUUGGAUGUGGUGAACCGGAACAAGCAAGUUGUAGAAGCAUCCUAUACAGCUCACCUGACCUCUCCCCUAACUGCAAUUCAAGACUGCUGUACCAUUCCACCUUCCAUGAUGGAAUUUGAUGGAAACUUUAACACCAAUGUGUCUAGAACAAUCAGUUGUGAUCGACUUUCUAAUACCGUUAAUAGCCGGGCCUUCAAUCCAGGACGAGACUUAAAUUCAGUUCUUGCAGACAACCUGAAAUCCAACCCUGGAAUUAAGUGGCAGUAUUUCAGUUCGGAAGAAGGAAUUUUCACCGUUUUCCCAGCACACAAGUUCCGGUGUAAGGGUAGCUAUGAGCAUCGCAGUAGACCCAUCUACGUCUCCACAGUCCGACCUCAGUCAAAGCACAUAGUGGUGAUCCUGGACCACGGUGCUUCCGUCACAGACACUCAGCUUCAGAUCGCCAAGGACGCUGCCCAGGUCAUCCUUAGCGCCAUCGAUGAACAUGAUAAGAUUUCCGUGCUGACAGUAGCAGACACUGUGAGGACUUGCUCACUUGACCAAUGCUAUAAGACAUUCCUGUCUCCAGCCACCAGUGAGACUAAACGGAAAAUGUCUACCUUCGUUAGCAAUGUCAAGUCUUCCGACAGUCCAACCCAGCACGCAGUGGGAUUCCAAAAGGCAUUCCAGCUAAUUCGAAGCACAAACAAUAACACAAAAUUCCAAGCAAAUACAGACAUGGUCAUAAUUUACCUGUCAGCUGGCAUUACAUCAAAGGACUCCUCAGAAGAAGAUAAAAAGGCUACUCUCCGUGUCAUCAAUGAAGAAAAUAGCUUUUUAAACAACUCUGUAAUGAUUCUCACCUAUGCCCUCAUGAACGAUGGGGUGACUGGUUUGAAAGAGCUGGCUUUUCUGAGAGAUCUAGCUGAACAGAACUCAGGAAAAUAUGGCGUGCCGGACCGGACAUGCUUGCCUGUGAUUAAGGGCAGCAUGAUGGUGCUGAACCAACUGAGUAAUCUGGAGACCACAGUCGGCAGAUUCUACACUAACCUUCCCAACCGGAUGAUCGACGAAGCUGUCUUUAGCCUCCCCUUCUCUGAUGAGAUGGGAGAUGGUUUGAUAAUGACUGUGAGUAAGCCCUGUUAUUUUGGAAACCUACUUCUGGGAAUUGUAGGUAUAGACGUGAACCUGGCUUACAUCCUUGAGGACGUGACAUAUUACCAAGACUCCUUGGCUUCCUAUACUUUUCUCAUAGAUGACAAAGGGUAUACACUUAUGCAUCCAUCUCUUACCAGGCCAUACUUACUAUCAGAACCUCCACUUCAUACUGAUAUCAUUCAUUAUGAAAAUAUCCCCAAAUUUGAAUUGGUUCGGCAAAAUAUCCUAAGCCUCCCUCUGGGCAGCCAGAUUAUAGCAGUCCCGGUGAACUCAUCCCUGUCUUGGCACAUAAACAAGCUGAGAGAAACUGGAAAGGAGGCCUACAAUGUCAGUUACGCCUGGAAGAUGGUACAAGACACUUCCUUUAUUCUUUGUAUUGUGGUGAUACAACCAGAAAUACCAGUCAAACAACUGAAGAACCUCAACACUGUCCCCAGCAGCAAGCUGCUUUACCACCGGCUAGACCUCCUGGGCCAGCCCAGUGCUUGCCUCCACUUCAAACAGCUGGCAACUCUAGAAAGUCCAACUGUCAUGCUGUCUGCUGGCAGCUUUUCCUCCCCCUACGAACACCUCAGCCAGCCUGAGACAAAGCGCAUGGUGGAGCACUACACAGCCUACCUCAGUGACAACACCCGCCUCAUUGCUAACCCGGGGCUCAAAUUCUCUGUCAGAAAUGAAGUAAUGGCUACCAGCCACGUCACAGAUGAAUGGAUGACACAAAUGGAAAUGAGUAGCCUGAACACUUACAUUGUCCGCCGUUACAUAGCAACGCCCAAUGGCGUCCUCAGAAUUUAUCCUGGUUCCCUCAUGGACAAAGCAUUUGAUCCCACUAGGAGGCAAUGGUAUCUCCAUGCUGUAGCUAAUCCAGGCUUGAUUUCUUUGACUGGGCCUUACCUUGAUGUUGGAGGAGCUGGCUAUGUAGUGACCAUCAGUCAUACAAUUCAUUCAUCGAGUACACAGCUGUCUUCUGGACACACUGUGGCUGUGAUGGGCAUUGACUUCACACUUAGAUACUUCUACAAGGUUCUGAUGGACUUACUACCAGUUUGUAACCAAGAUGGUGGAAACAAAAUAAGGUGCUUCAUAAUGGAGGACAGGGGUUAUCUGGUGGCACAUCCAACUCUCAUUGACCCCAAAGGACAUGCACCUGUGGAACAACAGCACAUCACCCACAAGGAGCCCCUGGUAGCCAAUGACAUCCUGAACCACCCCAACUUUGUGAAGAAAAACCUAUGCAACAGCUUCAGUGACAGAACUGUCCAGAGGUUUUACAAGUUCAACACUAGCCUGGUGGGGGAUUUGACAAACCUUGUGCAUGGCAGCCACUGUUCUAAAUAUAGACUGGCGAGGAUCCCAGGAACUAAUGCAUUUGUCGGCAUCGUCAACGAAACUUGUGACUCUCUUGCCUUUUGUGCUUGUAGCAUGGUGGACAGGCUGUGUCUGAACUGUCACCGAAUGGAACAAAAUGAAUGUGAAUGUCCUUGUGAAUGCCCUCUAGAGGUCAACGAAUGCACUGGCAAUCUCACCAAUGCAGAGAACCGAAACCCAAGCUGUGAGGUCCACCAGGAGCCGGUGACAUACACCACAAUUGAUCCUGUCCUCCAAGAUGCUCUUCACCAGUGUGUCAACAGCAGGUGCAGCCAGAGGAUGGAAAGUGGGGACUGUUUUGGUGUGCUGGAUUGUGAGUGGUGCAUGGUGGACAGUGAUGGAAAGACUCACCUGGACAAAUCCUACUGUGCACCCCAGAAGGAGUGCUUCGGGGGGAUUGUCGGAGCUAAAAGUCCCUACGUUGAUGAUAUGGGAGCAAUAGGUGAUGAGGUUAUCACAUUGAACAUGAUUAAAAGUGCCCCUGUGGGUCCUGUGGCUGGAGGUAUUAUGGGAUGCAUCAUGGUGCUGGUCCUUGCCGUGUAUGCCUACCGCCAUCAGAUUCAUCGCCGGAGUCAUCAGCACAUGUCGCCUCUUGCUGCCCAAGAAAUGUCAGUGCGUAUGUCCAACCUGGAGAAUGACAGAGAUGAAAGAGACGACGACAGUCAUGAAGACAGAGGCAUCAUCAGCAACACUCGAUUCAUAGCUGCAGUCAUCGAACGACACACACAUAGUCCAGAAAGGAGGCGUCGCUACUGGGGCCGAUCAGGAACAGAAAGUGAUCAUGGUUACAGCACCAUGAGCCCACAGGAAGAUAGUGAAAAUCCACCAUGCAACAAUGACCCCUUGUCAGCAGGGGUUGAUGUGGGGAACCAUGACGAGGACUUGGAUCUGGAUACCCCACCUCAGACUGCUGCCCUACUAAGUCACAAGUUCCACCACUACCGGUUACACCACCCCACCCUUCAUCACAGCCAUCACUUACAGGCGGCCGUGACCGUACAUACAGUCGACGCAGAAUGCUAACGAUCUCCUAACCUCCGUGAGAAGACAGGGUCUGGGAGGAUAGAGUGUGUUCAACAGAGAACAUGAGCCAGCAAGAAACCCACAGCAAGAGGCCCCUUGUGUGUGUAUGCUUUGUCCAGAGUGGUUUAACUCAUUUCCUGCCUGUUCCUAUGUUUAAAAACGAGCAGAACACCACCAAAAUCACGUUUGUGAAAAUGUGAGGCUGGUUCUGAAAUGGAGGGAAAAUAAGCCUGAUUAAUGAACCUGCCAUAAUACGAAUGGAAUGGAAAAGAGGCCAACCUCCAAACAUAGAGAUGAAACCUUGAAAUGAAACAUUGAGAACCUUCGUUAAGCUGAGCCAGAGGAAUGUUCCGAAGAGCCAGAAACAUUUGGCUCUCCUUAACUGGAAGAGAGGAAGAGCUGGCGACCGGAGGCUGGCAAUGUGGCAUAUCCUGAUGUAAGCGUGUGCUUUGAAGAUUUCACUUUGUUUCUGAGCGGUACCUAGAGACCACAUGGCUGUAUGGAACUCAAUGCUGAGCUCUAAAUGAUGCAUCUCAAAAUUUCUAAGUAAAGGAUUAUUUUUCUACUAUUUAUUGAACUUUCAAACAUUCUCAAACUUUUGGGGGAAAGAAAAACACAUGAGAAAUUUCCAGCAAUCAUCCCUAGCUAUUUUGUGCGCGAUGAAGUGGUUCUUUGGUUAAGGAACCCUCUUUUUUUAUUUAACUGAUAGAAUCCACCUGCCCCACUUCACAAAAUGCGAAAAAAAAUGAAGAACUCUUUGUCUCUGGCUUGUUUACAUACACUUCCUUUAGAACAUGGAAACAGCGUCCUUAUUUGCAACGCAGUAUUCUUUCUCUGUGUUUGACAGAAGUAGUCGGGAGGGGCAGAGAAGUCCAAGAAGUGUUUAAAGCGAUUUUUAUGUUUCUCUGUAACACAUUUCCACUCCCCGUACAAUGCUUUCCUUAGGUUUCUACGAAACCUGAUAUUACAACCCAAGCCUUUUAGCUAAGGAAAAGUUGGUUGUAUUCUCCUUGCUUUAGAAAUCUUAUAAAUUAAAAAUACAUCCCAUUUUGAUCCUGAGAAUACUGAACACAUAAGGAAAGACGUUUGUGACGUGAAAUUUUGAUUGUUAAUUAAAGAUUUCUUUUGAAAUCAUAGUUAAAAGCUGCUGCUGGUUAUCUAAGAAGUUCUCCACCAGACUGUGAUUUAUACAGGGAUUAAUCAAAUCUGGCUACUAUAACAUGGGGCAUUGUAAUUUUAAAGUAGUGUUCUAAUUACAGUGGUGUAUUUUAGAUUCACAUUUUGUGAUUCCAAUAUGUUAUAAAGACAUUCUUGCACCGUGUAUGUGGUAAAUCUCUGUUUAUAUGUAGUUGGGGAAAAAAAAUUCACUGAAUAAUGUUUUAAUGAUAGGAUAUUAUGAUAUAAUGUAAAAACAAAUUGGUUCUUCAGCAGUACAGAAAGUAAAGUCUAUGUGUGCUAUCAGGAAACCCCUACAUACUUUGUAUACAAUUGCAGUCUAGUGAAAUAAACUGUAUGCAAUG